UUCAAGCGUUCAGAAAUUUCAGUCAUUGGAGGCGUAAGUCAGUCAUAAAUAAUAUUUUUAGUCUUUAAUUUCUCCUCUACAUACGUUAUUGACAUUGUAUAUCAGAAUGGCUACUCCUCCAAAGAGAAUAUGUCCAAGUCCAAAUUUUGACAACAGCUUUGAAAAGAGGACCAAGAAAAUUUCUAUUGAAGGAAAUAUCGCUGCGGGUAAAUCGACAUUUGUGCGCAUUUUGGAGAGAGAGUCGGACGAAUGGGAGGUGAUACCGGAACCGAUCGGCAAGUGGUGUAACGUGCAGGCCACAGAGAACGAGCACGAGGAGCUGAGCACGUCUCAGAAGAGCGGAGGGAACCUGCUGCAGAUGCUGUAUGACAAGCCCCAGCGCUGGUCCUACACCUUCCAGACCUACGCCUGCCUCAGCCGCGUGCGCUCCCAGAUCAAGCCCCCGUCAGCCAAGCUGCGGCAGGCCGAGAAGCCAGUCCAGUUCUUUGAGCGCUCCGUCUACAGCGACCGAUACGUCUUUGCCUCCAACCUGUACGAGUCCGGGGACCUGAACGAGACGGAGUGGUCCAUCUACCAGGACUGGCACACGUGGCUGCUGUCGCAGUUUGAGACCGAGAUCGAGCUCGACGCCAUGAUCUACCUGAGAGCCGACCCUCAGAAGUGUAUGAACAGACUGCACCAGCGAGGCCGAGAGGAGGAGCAGGGAAUCCCACUGGAAUACCUGGAGCAGCUGCACUACAAGCACGAGUGCUGGCUCUACAACCGUACUACUCGCCUGGACUUUGAGAGUCUGAAGGACAUACCCAUCCUGGUCCUUGAGGUGAAUGACGACUUCAAGAACGACAAGAUUAAGCAGCAAGUCCUGCUGGGCGAGGUGAAGGAGUUCCUGAGCUCGCUUUGAUGUCGGGACACCCCAGCCCCGCGCACACAACUGCUGCUUUAAAAACCUCACGCUCGCUCUCCUAAGCUGCGUUUGCUGCGCUUGUUCACGGUGUAUUAUAUGUGUACAAAGGUGCUUGUGCAGGAAAAUGUCUCCACGUUUUGGGGGAUGCUUUUGAUAUCUUUUUGUGGUCAGGAUUUUUUAACAUUUUUAAAAAUUGAUCACAAACUUGUGCGAUUAGCGCCAAAGGUGAUUUGUAAAAAGCUGUAAAUUGUAAUGUUAUGAGCCACGGCGAUAGCACUAGCCCAUGUGGCUGAAAGUUUGUAUUGUGCUCUAGAUUGGCUCUCCCUACUGUUAGAGGGAAGGGUUGCCCUCAAUGCACUGGCAGUUGUAGUUUUUAUUGUGAAAUGGUUAUGAGAUUUAUUUCCAUAACCAGAAUUAUCAGAAAUAAUUCAACAUUUUUAAUGGGAUAAUUAAUUUUACAGAUGUCAUUAGCCAGGGUGACUACUUGAAAUUGUAGCCCUCUAUGAGUCAAUUUAAUUUUAUUAGGACAGCGCUCUUUUAAAGACAAGUGUCACAGAGGUCCUUUACAAUGCAAUGGAAGGGCAAAUAUAAGGGCUUGAUUUCCCCAAAUAGCAAGCGCAUGAAAUAAAAUAACCGGAGGCAACUGGCUGUACAGGGAGAAGAGUUGAAUGGACUCUUCAUUAAUCCACAUCCCUGAGUGUAAAUACUGAAACCUGCAAAUGAGUGAUGUUCCGGCCUUGAUCACUGCCUGUCAGUCAACCGGAAGUGACAGGAUCGCACUUGUCUCAGUCCGCUGUACGUGUUAUAUUUCAAUAAUUUGCAACCAACUGAACGUUUAUAUAAAUGUACUGAUUUUAAAUUAUCUGUAUAUAGCCAAGUGAACAUACAAGUAACGACCUGUGAGAAAAGCCUUGUGACCUCUUGUGUUCUUUUCUUUGUCAUUUCUUUACAAGAACAGUUGAUGCUAUUCUGUUGAAAUCAAUGCACCAAGAAUAUUGCAUGCCCUGUGACUUAAGUAAAGAAAGAGGGUAAAUAAACCUACCAAAUCUUU